ACAGUAGACGUGGCUAAUUAAUCAUAUCCGUUGAAUGGUGGCCCAAAUAACAUCCACGACAUCACAACGUAUCACCGAUAGCCAUCACAAACACUCUAAGAAAUAUUGGCCGUUAGAUCACUUACCACCCCCUUUCAAUCAACAUUUUUUAUUUUCCACCAUCAAUCUCCGUUGCUUAGAUACCGUAGCCAAUCAUUCCCCAUCUUCAAAUUCCCUAUUCCCUUUUCCUCCGCCCUUGUUUCUGAAUUUUGCAGUCGAGCCGAAUCGCAACAAUCAAGGAUCAUCCGCGAAAUUUCACUCUAUGGCACCCAUAAAGGGUAUUCUUUCCUUGCAAAGGGCAGCUUUGUUAAGAGCUUGCGGUGAAAGGUGGAAACUAGGCACUAGAUCAUUUAGUACUCAAGGAGCAACAACUGCUGGUGCUCCACAGGCACCUCCUCCUCCUCCACUGCCUGAAAAAACCCAUUUUGGUGGUCUAAAAGAUGAAGACCGUAUUUUCACCAACUUAUAUGGGUUGCAUGACCCUUUUCUCAAAGGUGCCAUGAAACGUGGUGACUGGUAUAGAACCAAGGAUUUAGUACUCAAGGGUGCUGAUUGGAUUGUGAAUGAAAUGAAGAAAUCUGGACUUCGAGGACGUGGUGGUGCUGGAUUUCCAUCGGGCCUCAAAUGGUCUUUUAUGCCAAAAGUAUCUGAUGGUCGUCCUUCUUAUCUUGUUGUCAAUGCUGAUGAAAGUGAACCUGGAACCUGUAAGGACAGGGAAAUUAUGCGGCACGAUCCACACAAACUAUUGGAGGGCUGCUUGAUUGCGGGGGUUGGAAUGAGAGCUACAGCUGCUUAUAUCUACAUCAGGGGUGAAUAUGUGAAUGAACGUAAAAACCUUGAAAGAGCUAGAAAAGAAGCUUAUGAAGCUGGACUAUUGGGCAAAAAUGCAUGUGGUUCUGGUUAUGAUUUUGAUGUUCACAUCCAUUAUGGUGCUGGUGCCUAUAUUUGUGGUGAAGAAACAGCACUUUUAGAGAGCCUUGAAGGAAAACAAGGGAAACCUAGAUUGAAACCUCCUUUCCCUGCUAAUGCUGGAUUAUAUGGUUGUCCCACCACUGUCACAAAUGUGGAGACAGUGGCUGUUUCGCCCACAAUACUGAGACGUGGUCCUGAGUGGUUUGCCAGUUUUGGAAGGAAGAAUAAUUCCGGGACAAAAUUGUUUUGUGUCUCAGGUCAUGUCAACAAGCCUUGCACAGUUGAGGAGGAGAUGAGUAUACCACUUAAGGAGUUGAUAGAGAGGCACUGUGGAGGUGUCAGAGGUGGAUGGGACAAUUUACUUGCAGUAAUACCUGGAGGCUCAUCUGUUCCACUUUUACCCAAGCACUUAUGUGAUGAUGUCUUGAUGGAUUACGAUGCACUCAAGGCUGUCCAGUCAGGACUUGGAACUGCUGCAGUAAUUGUGAUGGAUAAAUCAACUGAUGUUGUAGAUGCAAUCGCAAGGCUUUCAUACUUCUACAAGCACGAGAGUUGUGGACAGUGCACACCCUGCAGGGAAGGGACUGGAUGGCUCUGGAUGAUCAUGGAAAGAUUGAAAGUUGGGAAUGCAAAGUUGGAAGAGAUUGACAUGCUUCAGGAGGUGACCAAGCAGAUUGAAGGGCACACAAUUUGCGCUUUGGGUGAUGCAGCAGCUUGGCCUGUGCAGGGUCUUAUACGGCAUUUUAGGCCAGAGCUGGAGAGAAGGAUUAGAGAGCGUGCAGAAAGGGAGUUGCUGGAGGCUUCUGCUUAAUCUCUGCUCAGGGAAUUACCUGUGCAAGUGGCCAUUAUGGAAUAAAAUUGAAGUACCCAAAACUUGGAGAAUAGGUGACUCUCAGGCAUCUGGUGUUGUGGAAGUGUUUUAUUUGUUAUCUCCUAAGCUGUUGUGUUAACAACAUUUCACUGUUUUAGAAAAUAAUGAAUGUCUCCAAUGUCUGGGCUAUACUUGUUUCUCAUAGCAUCCACAACGUUUUCUUUUUUGGCCAUUUGAUGAACAUGGCUAAUGAUCUGUAUUCUUUUUAUUUCUUUUUGGGAACAUAUAAUGGUAUCUGUAUUUUUCUAUGAUCAUAGAUGUCGUAGGAUAAAAAUAAACGUUUUCAGAGAAAUAAAAUAAAGUUAUACUACUACCCAGAUAUUGAAAUGGAUAA